AUGGCUGUCUUCAAAUACGGAGACAUAGCCGGAUUGGCCAUUUACAUCCUGUGGUGGGUAAACACGGGCACGGACAUAAUCACCUGUAUGGUGAGUCCAUUCAUGUGCCACAAGAUGCAGCAGUCGGGCACACAGGCCUACAUGCUAAUGCCAUUUCUUGUGGUAUUGACCUCUAACGCAGGCAGCGGGGUUAUCUGUCAGCCUGCGCGUAUCGGUCCCCUACUCCAGGUCUCUGCCAUCAUCAUCUCCCACCUCAAAAUCGGGGCCGGCCUUAACCUCGUUAAUUCGUUCAUAGCGGACAUGGUGUACCACGAUAUGAUUAUGUACGGCCCUUACGGACAGGCUUCGGUCGCGCUCCAGGCUUUGGGCGAGGCGGUUAUGGCCGGUAGCUUUGCGGGGUAUGAUCGCGGUCAGCUUCUGACUGCGAAAGCGGCUGGUCCCUUUGCUUUCAUCGGCCAUUUUAUCGGUCUUCUUGUCUGUGUUUUCCACUGCCCUUUUGUUGAUGCUCGUACUCGUAUGGGUCAUCAUACAACUCCUGACCAUGAAGGGCAUCGUGACAGGGCGAGUCUCGGGGCUGGAUCACGGAUGGAGAAAACGAUAUGA